GCUUGGGGUUCCAGCAGUGCCUCAUGAUGGUGGCAUUCCAGAGUAAGCUCAUCUACCUUCCGUAUGUUCCAUUGGAUUCGCGGCAUGAGGAGCGCACUCCCGAGAUGUCGCUCGAAAUGGACGUUGAAGACGUGGAAGUCAUAUCUUCUGAUAAGAAAAAGUUACGCGGGAUGGUUGUCAACCCAACUUUGCCCAGCGGUCCCGUUAUGAUUUAUUUCCAAGGGAAUGCUGGAAACAUGAACCACCGUUUGCCACUUUUCAAGCAAAUGACAACGGCUGUACCAAAUCUGACGAUUGCCGGUAUCUGCUACCGUGGAUUCGGAUCCAGCUUGGGCAGGCCGUCUGAACGUGGACUGGAGAAGGAUGCACAAGCUAUCCUUGACUGGACAUAUCGGAAGUACUCAGAGAGACCUAUUUUCCUCUACGGACAUAGUCUAGGAGGUGGGGUUGCAGCUUAUUUGGCUUCCAACCCGGUGUAUAGUAGUAAAAUACGAGGGGUCAUACUGGAAAACACCUACUUAAGCAUUCAAGAUAUGGUCACAGCGAUUUAUACCAAAUGGACUCCAUACCCUUAUAUUGCAAAAUAUUUCUUAUGGAACAGGUGGCCAACAAAAGAGCGAAUUGGUCAUGUCUCCUGUCCAGUCCUAUUUUUGUCUUCAGCCAAAGACGAGAUUGUACCUCCUGAACACAUGGAAACGCUCUACCGAAUAUGCAAACAACAUCAAUCAAACAGCCAUAUAGCUAGUAUGCCUAAAUCUAUGCACAUGGACAUGUAUAUGGCAGACAGGAACCUUUACAAUCAACAAGUUGCUCAAUUUUUGUCAUUAAACGAACAGAAAAGUUCUUGAUAUACCCCAUAACUGUUAUCCGCGUAGCUUGAAAUAAGCCCGAAUAACUCCUUAGGAGAACGCUGUAGAAUGCAAAGAACAUUUGGUAACAGAAUAGACGUUGCCAACGUAU